CCCAUUAUAUAAGAGCUUCUUGAUGAAUUACAUGGAGCUAGUGUGUUUUCUAAGCUGGAUCUAAAGGUUGGGUAUCACCAAAUCAGAAUGAAAGAGGAAGAUGUGGAAAAAACUGCAUUUAGAACUCAUGAAGGCCUCUAUGAGUUCUUGGUAAUGCCUUUUGGUCUAUCAAAUGCACCUUCUACAUUUCAAGCCUUAAUGAAUGAGGUAUUGAAACCAUUUUUAAGGAAAUUUGCUUUAGUCUUUUUUGAUGACAUAUUGGUAUACAGCCCCGAUUUGUCUUCACAUGUUUCUCAUCUAAAGCAAAUACUAGAAUUGUUAGCUCAACAUUCACUCAAGGCCAAUAAGAAAAAAUGUAGUUUUGGUCAAUUGAGUUUGGAAUACCUUGGCCACAUAAUUUCAGGAGAAGGAGUUUCAGCUGAUAAAUCUAAGGUUGCAGCUAUGCAAAAUUGGCCAAUUCCAACUGACAUUAAAGGACUAAGAGGGUUCUUGGGCUUAACAGGAUAUUACAGAAGGUUUGUGAGGGAUUAUGGCAAGUUAGCAAAACCUCUUACUGAUUUAUUAAAGAAGGAUCAUUUCCAUUGGUCAGAAGAAGUUGUUUCUGCUUUUCAAUCUCUCAAAUCUGCCAUGAUUGACUUACCAAUGUUAGCAGCCCCUGAUUUUGAGAAGGUGUUUAUCAUUGAGACUGAUGCAUCAAGCAAGGGUUUAGGGGUUGUUCUGAUGUAA